GCACUGUGCUGUGUUUUGCGUUCGGGGGACUGUGUGAUGAGCACGGUACGGGGCAGCCUGUAAAUUCUGUGUUAAAUAACGUGCAAGGCAACAUCGUUCCGUUGGUGGCCGAGCUGCUGGUUUGGUGCUGCUGCCCCAGUCUUACCGUACCGUGUACCGGGUGUCCUCCGCGCGUGUGUGUCCAAGCUCAGCUCAGUGAAUCGUGAUUUCACCCACCCUUAAACUUCCGUGCGCGAGAUGGCAAUCCGAUCCCUACGGUAUGUGGCCAGCGUCGGUGCGAACGUGCCGAAACCUGUGGCCUGCAUCGGUGGUGCGUUGCAGCAGCCGCCAUUCAUCGGACACAUUGCACGAGUUGGAGCAGGAGCACCCAGCAGCAGUGCCGCUGCCAGCUGGUCCGCGUCCGGAACGAGCGUACGGUUCUUCAGCGCACUGCACCACCACCCGUCGGCCCAGGGCAGCGACCGACGGUUCGAUCGGAUCGUGGCAGAACGUAACGUAAGUGUUGCGCGCUUACGCAAAUCAGGUUUCCCCUUGAGUGUGGCCGGGGCCUUGUCUGUGUGAGUGUAUGACGGGCGAAGAGGAUUUGCGAAUCGAAGCAACCUUUGGACUUUGAAAUGGCUUCCCGCUAGGCGAUUGUUGCCGAUGCUGCAGUCGGCGGUCGCUGUACCCGCCCGACGAUGAUUUGUAUGCUGCUUCGCCGAUACCACAUUGCACGGCGCGGGAUGUUUGGGAGGAAAUUAAGGGAGACAGCGCGAGAAAGUGUGCUGCUGCUGCGUUCCACUUCUGCUUUGCUGUACGCGCUCCACCACCACCACCGUUGGUGCGUGCAGUUACGGCCUGUAGGCGAUCAACAAAGAAAUGCAGGGGAGAGAGAGGGAAUUAAAUGCAUGUGGGCCUGCCCGCUUGCAAUCUAGCUUGUUGGAAACGAGGGGGAGAAACUAUGCUUCUGUAUUGUUUCCCGAUGCGUCACAAAGCAUCACCCCGGAAUAGAACUUGCUUGGCGCUAUGGGGCCCGAUUCAAGGUCGAAAUCACAUUGUAGAAUGGUUAGAAAUUCAAAUAGAUGUAUGUGUGGCAGCGCAUUCUAACGACGGAAUAGGGUAGAAAGCAAAUAUUUAGCUAGUAGAAAACUCGCUCGCCCGUGUAGCGUGUCUUUUCGUGUAAUCUUGUGCUGGGUGCAGGUCAUCGAAUCGGGUUAUAGCAAAAGGGCACCGCAAGAUUAUGCGAAUGAGUUAACGAAAAAAAAGUAAGACAAACGCAGCUUUAAUUGAAAAUCGCAUUUUAAUAGCAAAGUAGGGGAUAAAAAUGUUGCAAUAUCUCAAACGACUCAUCUAAUGGGCAGUAAAGCGCUCCAAAUCCAAAAGCAAAGGACCCGUUUGCGAAUGAAAAUGUCAAACGCUCACAGCAAACUUGUUAUGACAACUUCCCAUCCUUCUCCGGACCACCACAGCACACCCCCUUAGUGCAAAAGACAGCAGCUUCAAGUGGCAGCUGCUUUGAUAAGCCUUCUAGCAUCGCGGUCAGUUGCUCUGGUGGGGGGAAAAAACCUCCAAGAACCGGUGCAGUCUUCUAAUUUGGUCCUUCGACCCAGCGCUACAGCAACACCGUCGUUUUACCGUGCGUGCAUUAGCUACAUCGAGCAUAAACAAGCAUUGAAAAAAAGAGAAGGGAAAGUGAACAUAGGCCCUAGCUGCACAAGUUAGUAGACGACCUUGAACUAGCCAGAGAUUGCAAAACACACACCUAGCCGUACGGGAAAACACGCAAAGCGCUCUGUGCCCCGAAAGUGCACACGAUGGUAAACGCUCGCACGGUGGCGACGCAGGAAAUAAGCCGCAGCAUUCAACUGUUCACCGACAAGCCGAGAAAUGUGGAAAAGGAUCAGCAAACCCUAAGGCUGAAGCAACAGUGUGACCGGCCGGCGGUACUGAUCAUCUCCUGGCUGAAUGCGCGCCAGAAGCAUCUGGCCAAGUACGCCCAGCUGUACAUCGACCAAGGGUUCGACGUGUUCUGCACGCACAUCACGCCCUGGCAGCUGCUGUGGCCCGUCAAGGGAACGCAGUUGGUAGCGGCCGAGAUUGUCAAGUUUCUCAAAAACAACGACUUCAAGCACGGACUGGUGCUGCACGGCUUUUCCGUCGGCGGGUACCUGUGGGGCGAGUGUUUGGUGCACAUUGCGCGCGAUCUGCCCAACUACCAGGUGGUGCUGGAUCGCGUGAUCGGGCAGGUGUGGGACAGUGCGGCCGACAUUACGGAGAUAUCGGUCGGCGUGCCGAAGGCACUGUUCCCCAAGAAUCCAACCCUGCAGAGUGCGUUGAAAAAGUACAUGCUGUACCACAUGAAGGCCUUCCACGAGCCGGCCACAUCGCACUACAUCCGCUCGAGCCAGAUGUUCCACACGAAUCUGCUGCGCUGUCCGGCCCUGUUUCUGAUUUCGAAAACCGACCCCGUCGGUACGGUGGAGGCCAACACGCGCGUGAAGGACAGCUGGGAGCAGAGCGGCGUGAAGACGACGGUCAAGUGUUGGGAUCGUUCGCCGCACGUCGGCCACUUCAUGAAGCAUCGGGACGAGUACGUCGAUGUGCUGUUCCACCAUCUGCGGCAGCUGAAUCUACCGAGCCUGAAGCAGGAUGCGCUACUGCGGGCCAAACUGUAAAUGCCCACACGCACACGCGACGCCCUGUGAUACUUACGACGCGACGUGUGUUGGAGGGGGGGGGGGGGGGAUGUUCGGCUCGUCUCGUACCGCCGCGCCCGGUGUGUUGAUGUGCGGUGUGGCCCCAAAAGGCCGACCAAAAACACACACACACAGAAGAAGCGGCAGAAGGCCAAACGGGAUGUUGCUGAAACGAUGCAAACAAUUAUAUGAAAUUUAUUAGGCACAUUUUCUGUCGAGGUGGGAAAACAAGCAUUAUAUAUGGGAUAUUUUAAGGAAACAGAUUCAAAGUAGGUGUGCACCACUUCUCUCCCAAACACACUCCCCCAAUCGACCUUUACAAACACAUCCACACACACACACACAUACUAUUUUUUAUACUGUCGAGCGCUAUUACGGUUGUAUCAUCACACGUACGACACGUGAUAAAUGCUAAUAAUUGUAUUUUUUCAUGUUUUUUAUCUUUCUUUUAUAAUCAAUAAUCUACUCGUUUUUUUAAUAGGUUAAAUACUACAGCUUUCCAUGAUGGGAAAUCAUUAGAAACAUACACUUUCCACCAAUUCCCGAGUACAAUACGGAAUGGUUUUCCGUUUUCGAAUAUCCACAUUACUCAACCGGACAUCCUUGUUUACCGGUAUUAAGCCCCUGAACCCGCAAUAUAUUAAUGAAAUAAUCCAAAUAAAGGUGUGAAGUGUAGACAUUAAACAGCAAAAA